GUGCCGCGGGACUGGGUUGCACUUCGCAACUCUCAGGACAUUAAUUACAACCUUCACCUUUCAUUUGGGGGAGGGUGAGGAAGGCGGCACUCACCUACGCAGAGUGAAGUCAAACUAAUGUGGGGGAGAAGUUUAAGAAUGAACCACUGAAAUGUUUCGCUUUUAUCUUUAAAUUUACUUUGGCACUUAAGAGACCUCCUUUUCAGAUUUCUGGGCAAUCUCUUUUCAACAAAUGCAGGGAUCUAAGCCCAACCCCCUGGUAACCUGAAUUUUUUUCUCUUUUUAUUUAAAAAAUUUUUUUUUACCCUUCUUCUGUCGCACACCAUCAUCCUCAUUUAACAUAUCAGGAGAAAACAAAAAGUCUCAGCCGGAGAUCAUAUUUUGUGUUACUUUCUGGAGAAGAAAAACGCUUUCGAAAGAGUGAGCCGGCAACAGCGUUGGCGGGUCAACCAGGUGGAAAGCAAGAGUGAAAGUGGGGCAUAGGGGGAGCGCACCGCCUCUUCUGCAAGCCACAGGGCCACCACCCGUGCGUGAGCCUUGGAUCCCUCAACGUAUUGCGAGACGCCGGUGUACAGCCCGGACCUGUGCCCCAACAUGAUUGCCGCUCAGGCCAAGCUGGUUUACCAGCUCAAUAAAUACUACACCGAGCGCUGCCAGGCGCGCAAGGCGGCCAUUGCCAAGACCAUCCGAGAAGUCUGUAAGGUGGUCUCGGACGUGCUAAAGGAAGUGGAGGUGCAGGAGCCUCGCUUCAUCAGCUCUCUGAGCGAGAUCGAUGCCCGCUACGAGGGGCUCGAGGUCAUCUCGCCCACCGAAUUCGAGGUGGUGCUCUACCUAAACCAGAUGGGCGUCUUCAACUUCGUUGACGACGGCUCGCUGCCCGGCUGCGCGGUGCUCAAACUGAGCGAUGGGCGGAAGCGGAGCAUGUCUCUCUGGGUCGAGUUCAUCACAGCCUCCGGAUACCUCUCGGCGCGCAAGAUCCGCUCGCGUUUCCAGACGCUGGUGGCACAGGCGGUGGACAAGUGCAGCUAUCGGGAUGUGGUUAAGAUGAUCGCCGAUACCAGUGAGGUCAAGUUACGUAUCCGCGAGCGCUACGUGGUGCAAAUCACUCCGGCGUUCAAGUGCACCGGGAUCUGGCCUCGCAGCGCGGCGCAGUGGCCUAUGCCCCACAUCCCCUGGCCCGGCCCCAACCGGGUGGCGGAGGUCAAGGCCGAGGGAUUCAACUUGCUCUCGAAGGAGUGCUACUCGCUGACAGGCAAGCAGAGCUCGGCGGAGAGCGACGCCUGGGUGCUACAAUUCGGGGAAGCGGAGAACCGCCUGCUGAUGGGCGGCUGCCGAAACAAGUGUCUCUCGGUGCUGAAGACGCUGAGGGACCGCCACCUGGAGCUGCCCGGCCAGCCACUCAAUAAUUACCACAUGAAGACGCUGCUGCUGUACGAGUGCGAGAAACACCCGCGGGAAACGGACUGGGACGAGGCGUGCCUCGGCGACCGGCUCAAUGGCAUCUUGCUGCAGCUCAUCUCCUGCCUGCAGUGCCGCCGCUGCCCUCACUACUUUCUGCCCAACCUCGACCUCUUUCAGGGCAAGCCCCAUUCGGCCCUGGAGAGCGCUGCCAAGCAGACCUGGAGGUUGGCCAGGGAGAUUCUCACUAAUCCCAAAAGCCUGGACAAACUAUAGGGUUCUCGGGGCUGCUUGAAAAGCGACACAAACCGGCGCCCUCUCGCAUACACACAAUACACACAACUCGGCGACAAACAGCAGAACUCCGCACACAAACUUUUAUGUAAGCCACCUGAAAGAAACAGGAACCAGGCAGAAGAGCUUCGUUAAUUAACAAGCAAACAAAACGAGGGCAAACGAACAAACAAAAAUGUAUCACAUUCUUGCACAAAAGUAAUCGUUCUCUUCCAAACAAUGUGAAUUUAAAAGGUCACACAAAAGAAGCGAUCGGGUUUUACCACCACAAAAUGAAAUCCAAGGUACAUUUUCAAAUCAAUGUAUAAUAGUUUUCACCCUUUUCCUUCUUUUCUCUCUUCGUUCGUUCUCUCGUGCGCUCUCUCUCCUUUCAUCUUGUUUUUGGUUGCCUGAAUGUUGUCACCAAGUGAAAAAAAUUAUUUAACUAUAUGUAAAAUUUCUCUUUAAAAGCAGUUUUACUGAUGUUUAAUGUAUCUCAGUGCCAAUGUCAGAUUGUGCCCAUCCCUCUAUUGCACCUCUACCCUCACCUUAACCAGUCUUGUUGAAAACAGUAAUAAAAAAAUGACUUUAACUUUACAUUGUUUUGUGGAUUGUUCUUACUGGAAGGCAGGUGAGAUCACAGGGUUAUAAUCUACAAUAAAGAGAUGUUGAACUUGAACUGAAUGCAAGAAGCUUUUAUUUAAACUCUAAUUUGGAAAAUUUACAAAUACAGUCCAUUUUGUGGAUUCAACCAUACAAUUUCCCACCAACAUCCUUAGAAAAGAGAAAAUAUUAAUUUUAACCAACUAUAAUAUAUAUUUGUUUGGUGGGUUUUAAGAUUAAAAGUAGUAUUUCACACUUGCAAAAAGAAAAUAGUAUGAAAGAACAUAUUUCUAUCCAACUUUUGAAAGAGAAAAACUAUUUCACAUUAAAAAUUAAGAGAUUUGAUUUCUUAUGCCAUAAGUCUAAAAAAUUCAAUCUGUGUCUGAAAGGCAAAGGAAAUAUUUAUGGAUCUUUUUUGAAAUAGUUGAUACUUUACUUUUAGCCAUUUGUGCUAUUCAAGCUUUGAAUGAUAAAAACUUAAGACACCCACACCAACAAAACAAUGAAAUAGUUACUGCAGAAUACUCCUACCCCUCAUUUGGUGAGGAUUAUGAACAAACUAGAUUUUUUAAUUACUUCAAUUUUAAAAUGGGUUAAUUAUAAAUCCCUUAACUAUGAUCAUGUUUAUCAAAUUUCAAGAAUUAUUCUGAAACUGCUUAUAUGCAAUUCAAACAAAAAAUGUUUAUAUCAUUUUUAUGACCAAAGAAAAAUUGCUGUUCCACGAAUUUGCAAAUAAGAAAAAAUACCUUCCUUCCCUUUCUGCUUUAUUGAGAUGACAACCCAAUGCACUGAUUUCAGCUUUAACAAAGGUUUCUUUCUAAUGCAAGUAAAUAACUGAUUAGAAAAUUCAAUAGUUAGUAACAUUAAGAACAUCCCAAAUCAACCGUUUUGUCUUUUCCACAUUGGAGGCAACUAUAUAUGCCAUUAAAAAUGCUGAUGAUGAGGCACAGGUACAGAAUAUAUGUCAGAUGUUACCCUAUAAUAUUUAAAAUGUAUUCUUUGAAAUUAGUCCGGUUUCUAAAUUUGAGAAAAUCCAUUAAUGAGAAGUAUAGAAAAAAACGUUCUGAAAAGCAAUUUUAAAGAUCAGAGGAAGAAGUUUGAGUGGGGAAGCAGGUACGUAAGAGAUGAGCUUCAGAGAUGGAUGAAAAACAAGGAAGCUACUCAGGCUCUGAAACCUGGUUCACUAGACAGAACUGGCUUAAGUUGUAAGACUACCAUCCCCCGGUAAAAUAAGUUCUGUGGUAGAAACAUAAACUUUGACCUUAUCCAUUCUGAAUAAUCUCUAUUCUUUCAAGCUAUAUUACUUACAUCUAUUUUUCUGGUCUCUCAGCCUAUAGGUGAAGAAUAAGCUCACCAUAAUACUAAGUGGUUCAGACAAAUAUACUAAUUAUUUUUAAGUAACAAAAACACGUUUACUCUCUGGGGAAAAUGUUUUGAUUCUUAACAGCAUUUCCAAAGCAAUCAGUAGAUGCUUAUAUUUACAAAGAAAAUGAUCUACGGGUAGAGUGUUCAGUUUAAAAGAUAAAAAUAGUAUCUUAAAAUUACCUUUUUUUUAACUCACAAAAGCAUUUACAACAUUAGCUACAAAUUUACAAUAGACACAAAUCUCCCUACCAGAAAAAGUUUUUAAGUCUUGACAAUGCCGCAAAGAAACAAAAAUCCCCCAAAGUCAGUAUCUCUUUUCUUCUUUAUUUAAUUUAAUGCAAAUACCACUAACAAAGGAAAAAAAAAACAAAUUUCCUCAUUUACAAAAUACAUAAAGCACUAAACGUCUAUACAAAAUUAAAAAAAAAACUCUUCAAAUAAUAAGCUGAAAUUUCUUUAAAAAUAUAAAUUAGCAGGAGUUUUGAUUUCUGGAGUGUUAGGCAGAUUGUAAUGGUACAAGACAGCUGCUAUGAUUAGGCUUAAAGAUCUGGUAUUUCACAAGCAACAGGGAAAAAAAAUUUUAAUGAUGCUGCACAGAAUAAGAUCAGAGAGAUAUAAAAGUUAUAACUUCACCCAAAGGAGCAAAUAACUUCAAAGAGCCUAACCUCAAAGACUAGCAGAGGUUCUAAUUUUGAGAACAAUUCAUGAGACAUCUUUAAAUUAAAUCAGAUUUUAGAUUAUUAAGCCAUGUGUGUCCAAAAGCAUAAUAAAAUAUCCUAAAUUACCUUAGCCUCUCUUAAACUCAAAAACUACCAGAAAUGAGAGUUUAAGUAAUGUUGGUUACCUUCUUCUCCUAAAGAAACUAAAAUACAUUGUUAGACAUUUCAGCCAUGUAACAAAGUAGAAAAUUUUACUAAUUGAUGUAAGUAAAUUCAGAACUAGUAUAAAGUUUUUCUACAUCAGAUUAGAUGAAUUAUCAACCUCAAAAUAGUUCCAUCAUAGCCUUCCUGUCACACAGUUUAUCAAAUCCUGUCUUAAUAAAGGCAGCAAUAUUGAAACAAAGCGCUGGAAACAUGCAUAAAACAUGAUGUUUGUUUGCAAGGUGUUUAAUAAAAUUACAACAUUUUCAUCAAGAGCUACUUUGAAAUACUUCCAAAUCAUUAAGAUUUAAUAACUUACGUACAAUCAAAAAAUCAAAGAACCUUCUACCAAUAAACUCAGAAUGUAUGUGUGUGUGAGCUAUCAGUCUAUAAGUAAAUUAUUCCAAUUUUUCAAACAACUUCUGUUUCUACAGCUUUCCUCUUUUGCUCGUUUAAGAGACUGUUGCUUCUCUGAAGAAAUUCUACCAUUCACUUUCUUGAAAUAAACCUAAUUUUGGCUUUAUAGCUGUGCCAC